GCUCUCUCAAAAAUGGGGAAUUACAGAAUGUGCAUGUGCUUCAUUAGAAAAUUUAAAAUAACGGAGGCCGGGCCGCCGACGGAUGUCAAGGAUGCUUUUAAGAAGUAUUCCGGCGGCGGGACUCACAUGACUGCGGAACAGUUCUUGCGUUUCUUGGGCGAUGUUCAAGGUGACAGCAGCGCGUCCAUCUCAGACGCCGAGAAGAUCGUCCAGCAGAUUUUGCAAAAGAGGCAUCAUAUUACCAAGUUUACUAGGCAUACUCUCACUCUUGAUGAUUUUCACCAUUAUUUGUUCUCUGCAGAUCUCAAUCCUCCUAUUCCUGGGGAAAAUGAGGUUCACCACGAUAUGACAAAGCCACUUUCCCAUUAUUUCAUCUUUACUGGUCACAAUUCCUACCUGACUGGAAAUCAACUGAGCAGCGAUUGCAGUGAAAUUCCAAUCAUAAAUGCGUUGAAGAGAGGUGUAAGAGUUAUUGAACUUGAUAUAUGGCCUAAUUCCAACAAGGAUGAUAUAAAUGUUCUACAUGGAAGGACCCUGACAACUCCUGUGGAGUUCAUUAGAUGCUUGAAAUCCAUAAAAGAACAUGCCUUUGAAUUCUCUCAGUACCCUGUCAUAAUAACUCUUGAAGACCACCUUACCCCAGAUCUUCAAGCUAAAGCCGCGCAGAUGAUCACUGAAACAUUUGAGGAAAUGUUGUAUUGCCCUAAUCCUGAAUUGGAAUGUUUAGAAGAGUUGCCUUCUCCAGAAGAUUUGAAGUGUCGCAUAAUUAUUUCAACCAAACCUCCCAAAAAGUAUCGUCACAAGUCCAAAAGUGUCAGGAGCAAGGGAAACAAAUCUCAAAAGAGUAAGGACUCUGAUGAUGAUACGUGGGGAAAGGAGCUAUCAGACGUUAUGUCAGAUCAAGAAGAUAGUGACUCGACUGAUAGUGAGACAAGUGAAGAUAGUGAUGAUGAGUCAAACCAUUUAGGAGUGGCAGCAUACAAGCGUCUAAUUACCAUUCAUGCCGGAAAGCCCAAGGGAGGGUUAAAGGAGGCACUAAAAGUUGAUCCUAAUAGAGUUAGACGCCUUAGUUUGAGUGAGAAAAAACUAGAAAAGUCUACUGAAAAUCAUGCAACAGAUGUAAUUAGAUUCACCCAAAAAAAUGUUCUAAGGGUGUACCCUAAAGGCACUCGAUUUAAUUCUUCCAACUAUAAACCACUAAUGGCUUGGAUGCAUGGAGCUCAAAUGGUUGCAUUUAAUAUGCAGGGAUAUGGUAGAGCUCUUUGGUUGAUGCAUGGGAUGUUUAGGGCCAAUGGAGGUUGUGGUUAUGUCAAGAAACCUGAUUUUCUAAUGAAUGUGGGUCCACAUGGUGAAGUAUUCAAUCCUAAAGCAAACUUGCCAGUAAAGAAAACUUUAAAGGUGAAAGUGUACAUGGGAGAUGGAUGGCAUUUGGAUUUUAAACCAACACACUUUGAUAUGUAUUCCCCACCAGAUUUCUACACGAGGGUCGGCAUAGCAGGAGUGCCAGCUGAUGUGAAAGUAGAGAAAACUAAAAUAAAAGAGGACAAUUGGACACCCAUUUGGGGUGAAGAGUUUACAUUUCCAUUGACUGUUCCUGAACUAGCUUUGCUUCGAAUUGAAGUUCAUGAGUAUGAUAUGUCCGAGAAAGAUGAUUUUGCUGGCCAAGCCUGCUUCCCUGUUUCUGAACUAAGACAGGGUAUUCGUGCAAUUCCUCUUUUUGAUCGCAAGGGAAAGAAGUUGCCCUCAGCGAGGCUACUCUUUCGCUUUGACUUUGUCUAAUUUUUGCAUGAUUUUGAUGUCCAUUCUAUUGUUGUGCAGUAGGAUAUUCUUUGUUGAAUUUUCUCAUCUUCUAUGAAUUUGUCACAAACCUAUUCGUCAUGCAUUAUUUCUUGUAAAGAAUUUUCUAUUUCUUCUUCCUUGUUAGAAAUUGAAAUCAAGUAUUUUUUUUUUU